AUGAAUUCGAGGCCAAACGCUGCGACCCAGUUAGAAGAACAGUGUGGGAAAGAACUUCAGCAUAAGGAAAAAGAAAUGUGCCAAUGCUUGGAGUGUGGGAAAGAACUUCAGCAUAAGGAAAUAGAAAUGUGCCAAGGCUUGGAGUGUGGGAAAGAACUUCAAGAUAAGGAAAAAGAAUUGCGCCAAUGCUUGGAGUGUGGGAAAGAACUUCAGCAUAAGGAAAAAGAAUUGCGCCAAUGCUUGGAGUGUGGGAAAGAACUUCUCACAUCUUAUAAUCUUAAAAGACAUGUGAAAACAGUGCAAAAACAGGAAAACCUAUAUAAGUGUGAGUACUAUCACAAACACUUUGGGCAGAAACACAAUUUAAAAAGGCAUGUAGAUCAUCUAUCGAUUUCAUGUUCACCAACUCUUCAAGUAGGGCCUAAGUCCAACCAGCCUCAGGCUUUGCUGUCAUACGUUCAUGCAAGCUCACAAAAACAGCUGGCAGUUGAGCCUACUCUGGAGAAAAGGAGGCUGCGGAAAGUCUUGCUGUGCGAGGAAUGUAAAAAGGAAUUUUCCAGGAAGGGUAGUUUGGAGACCUCCACUAGUCAGCAAGAAUCACUGAACCUUCAGGCUGGUCAGUCUCUUGAUUCACAAAACAAGCUUCAAGUGUCAACACUUCUGCAGAGAAAAGUCUACCUGUGCGAGGAAUGUGAAAAGGAAUUUCCUAGGAAGGAUAAUCUGGUAAGACAUGUUAAAACAGUGCACAGAAAAAAAAAACGUAAUUUAAAACAACACUUGCCUUCAGCCCACCCAGUUGCUUAUGACGCCUUGAAUAAGGAUACCUCUUCUAGUCAGCAAGAAUCACUGAACCUUGAGUCUGAUCAGUCCCUUGAUUCACAACACAAGCUUCAAGUGUCAGCACUUCUACAGAGGAACAAACAAGUAGGCUGUAUGUCCAACCAGCGUCGAGCAUUGUUGUCAUACGAUCAUGCGGGCUCAAAGAAACAGGUGCCAAUUGAGCCUACCCAUGGGAAAAGGCCGAGGAAAGUCUUCCAGUGUGUGGAAUGUGGAAAGGAAUUCCCCAGGAAGGAUAGUUUGGUAAGACAUGUCAAAACAGUACACCGAAAAGAAAAACGUCUCAUUGCCCACCCAGUCAGACCGCCCACCCGUACAGAGACCUCCACUAGUCAGCAAGAAUCACUGAAGCUUGAGUCUGGUCAGACAUUUGAUUCACAAAACAAGCACCAAGUGUCAACACUUCUACAGAGAUACAAAUGCAAGGAAUGUAGGCAGUGUUUUCACAGGUAUGACUAUCUACAAAGACACAUCAAGGUUGUUCAUAGAAGAGAUAGACCAUUUUCGUGUGAGCAUUGCGACAAAUCGUAUGGACACAUGACGGAUCUGAGAAAACAUAUAAAGAAACAGCACAAGGUUCAUUCAGAAGAAGGGCAGGAGAAGGAGUGUAAUUUGCAACUGAAAACAAAACGGUUGGGGAGGGAGAGAUUUCUGUGA